AUGCUCUCCACCAGCGCCAUUAACAAGGGAAAGGGCAAAGAAGUCAAGAUUUCGCUGUCCAUAAAUCGUUCGAGGUCGUCGUCUGCAACCAGUGCCACCAAUAUGCCGUUCGACGUCGAGGUCAUCCCAGACGACAUCUGGCUCACCAUUUUCGAGCAAUUGGGGCCUGGCGAUCUCAGUAGACUCUCAGCGACGUGUCAAAAGUUCCACCACCUCACCCAGAGGCCACUUUUGCGGGAAAUUACCUGGUCCAAGGCUUCAUCGGCGGAACGCAAUAUCCGGGAUUGGGGUGCGGGUGGCUCCCUGGCCCAAUUCACGGGCAUCGUCCGCAAGGUCAAGGUGCGCCUAUCGUUCAAGAGGAUCAAUCAAAACAACGCGAUUGUCGCGGUAGGUGCCUCCUUGCACGCCGUCAACGAGUGGGGAACUGAUCCCCGCCAUGACCCGCAGCACACCGACUGGGAAUUCUAUGACGCCGUAUUCCACAGGCUUAUGUCCUUCGGCAACCUUCGCUCCUUGGAGCUCGUGGACACCAUCGUCACCCCCGCCCUUUACCCUGUAUUGGCAGCUAUACCCUCUCUCAGGGAAUUGAACAUCACCCGAUGCACCUUUUUGUGGUCCCCCCUGUAUCCUCCCAUUCUCUCAACUCUGGGGAGGCCAAAUCCACCUGGCGGUAUCCCUGAUCAAUACACCAUGCGCCGGAAUGUAGACGAAGCGACCAUCGCUGCACAGAGGCAAUGGUUCACAGAUAACCACACGUUUGACUUCCCGACCCAAUUGGCCCACAUAACGCAUCUUACAUUCAAGUACAAUCGUUCGAGCCCCCUAAACGACGACAAAAUCCGCACGCCGGUUGAAGACUUGCCCUACAUGGCUUCCGAGCUCAACAAAAUCACCAUUCUGCACCCACUGUAUUUGCUCACUCUUCCGUCGUUGACGGAACUUACCCUUACUUGGUCGCCACUACUAAUGACUGUCUUCGAGGCGUUGAAGAACUCGCAGAGUUUGACGAGCCCACCUGGAAAUCUCCAACUUCCCGGAGGGGUCCAGCUUCCGAUGAACCACCCAUUCCAUCACCUACCUCACCAGGCACAUUUACCAAAUCGUGGGGGCAAUCCGUUCGGAAUCAACGUCUUCGUUCCUCUUCGACCUUCGUUCCCCAGCCUCCAGCAUGUCACCCUUCUUGUAGACGACCUCAGUCGCGACAUGAUGGACUCGCUCGUGGGUCUCUUCGAACAGCGCGUCAACUCACCAGCGCCUGGCUUGGGGCCACUCCGUACCAAGCUUCGAGUCGCAAAGCAUUCUCUUACUGAGCAGCAUCUUGGUAGCAUUCAGUUCAGGCUCCCCGGUGUUUAUCACUACGAAGGACCCCUCCAGGUUGCCGGUUUGCUCGCUGCGGGAAUGGGUGCUCUGAAUAUUGCUAACCCAUUGGAGGAGAUUCGCAUGGGUGACGCCAUGGAGAUGAACAUGAUCCUUUACACUCUGGAGAAGCUUCCUAGGUCGUUGAAGAAGCUUGACAUCAAGAUGUACAAGUGGGAUCAGGAAAUCCUUUAUGCUGUUCGGGCUUUGUUCAAAGAGCUCAGGGAAUUGGUUAUCCGAUAUGGUAGAGGUGGUCUCAAGGAGAACACGCACGUCAUACUCGGAUCGGACAUCCUUCCAGAGCUGCAACAGCUGCACACGCUUCGUCUCCUACCGUCUGGCGAUUGCGUCAAGCGAGACCAACAGCGACAUUCCUUCCCCUCCAACCACGGAACUAUUCACCACAUUAACCCCGCCUCUAACACUUGGUGGGCCAUGACCUCCACCAGUGCACACACUCCGAUCCAUCACCAUCACCACCUUCAUCCUCACCCUCACCAGAUGAUGCCGAACCUUGGUCCUGGCGGUCAUAUCCAGGUUCAACCCCUCGGUUUACAGGAUGAUGACGAGGACGACGAAGAAUUUUGGUCUGACGAUCUUCUUGUUGAUUUCUCUGAUGAAGACGGCGACCUCAUCGCCCCAGGUGGGCCAGGACCGUCUAGUGCGGCAGCUGCCGCUAACGCCGCGGUUGGUGGAAGCAGCGCAGCUGGGCCUUCCGCCUCCACCUCACACGCCUCGACCUCGACCCAAGCUGGUCCGAGUACCGGGGGCUCAGGCCCUGGUUCAGGAAGCACUUUUGGGGGAAGUAGCAACUGGAGACGCAGCGCGUUCAGAUUCCCUAUGUUCUCUCCGUUUUCUAACCCGGGAGGCUUCCUUUCCACGAGCUAUGUGAGCUACAGCUCCCCUUCUGCCUCCACAUCCGCUUCAGCCUCUUCCUCGUCCGUCGCCUCGACGUCAACCGCGGUUGUAUCCAACAGUGCUGGUCCAUCGACAUCAACCUCCGCCUCUACUUCCGCCGCUGCCUCUGGAUCCGCCAGUGCAAGUGGAAGCCAGAGCCACCUUCCUUCCAGCAUGACUUUCGGUGGCCACAUUGGUCCCCGCGAACGCCUUUCCGGUCGUUCUCGCCACCACCACAACUCGGCGAACCUUGCUUCUCUACAAUCGCAACGCACGACUGCUGCUCAAAUCGAGGCGGAGGAGCAGAGGAAGAUUACGGAGAGUCUGAAGGAGGAUUUGGCAGAUUAUCUUGUUGGGUGGAAUAGGCAUUGUCCGAGGUUGAGGGUUGUGCAGAUGGAGCAUGGGCUGAUGUGGGUUAGGAGGUUUGAUGGAGAUGUUUGGACGUCUGUCGUCGAGAAGGAUGGAAGUGCGAAUGGGAAUGGAGGAUGCACGAGUGGAGGUGGUGGCAGCGGUCAGGCGUAG